AACCGCGGUUCUCAUUACCUUUAUUAUUAUAUUCUAAAAAAUGAAUAAUAAUUCUAUUCAACUUUAUUUCAAGUCAAAGGACGAGUUUCAACUAUGACAUUUCAUAAGGUCAAACUAAUUAAAAUAGUGCUAUAAUCAUCUUUAACUUUUCUUUUUCCUUUAUUUAAUUAUUUUCUUUUAUUUUAUUAUUUCUUUUUGUCCUUUUCUUUUCUACACUUCUAUAAAUACCUCUUUCCCCUACUUCGUCAUACUCACCAUAUAUAUUUUCACAACUCUAGAGAGAGAAACUUAAAAACCAGAGGAAGAAAAAAAAAAAAAAAAAAAAAGCGAAAAUGAGUCUUAAUCUUAUAUGCGGAUUUUUAAUCUUCUUCUUGUUGUGGAAAUUGAUUAAUGCUUGUUUUCUUUCACCCAUUCUUUCGCUGCGAAAGCUGCGAAAGAAUGGGUUGGGAGGACCAACACCUAAGUUUCCUCUGGGCAACUUAGGUGAUAUGAAGGAGAUGAUCAUCAAAGCUAAAUCUUUAUCUUCGUCAUCGGAUACUAUAUCCCAUGACAUCCAUUCAUCUUCUCUUCCAUAUUUCUCUCAAUGGCAAAAAUUAUACGGUAAAGUGUAUGUUUAUUGGAUGGGAGUUGAACCAUUUUUAUACGUAGCAGACCCUGAGUUCUUGAAGCAAAUGUCAGGAAAAGUAUUAGCCAAGAAUUGGGGAAAACCUACUGUUUUCAAAAGUGAUAGAAUUCCUAUGUUUGGGGAAUAUGGUCUUAAUAUGAUUGAGGGUAACACUUGGGUUCGUCAUAGACAUAUUAUUACUCCGGCUUUUUCUUCCACCAACUUGAAGGGAAUGGCAAAUUCAAUGGUGGAAUUGACAACCAAGAUGAUAAGUCAAUGGACCACUCUUCUUGCUGACUCGAGCAAAGUUGAGCUUGACAUGGAGAAAGAAGUCACAAUAUUGGCCGGAGAGAUAAUUGCCAAAACUAAUUUUGGAAUUAGUAGUGGAUUGGGAAAUGUGUUGCUUGAAAAAUUAAGAGCGAUGCAGAUUAGUUUGUUUAAACACACGCGUUAUGUUGGAGUCCCUUAUGGCCAGUUGUUGACCAUGGGACAAACCUUAGAGGCUAGGAGGCUAGGGCAAGAGAUCGAUGACAUUCUUUUAUCCAUUAUAAAUGCAAGAAAAAAGGUUAUUGGUGUAGAACCUCAACAUGAUCUACUAGGGUUAUUACUCGAGGGAGAGGAUCAAGUUGAUGGGCGAUUUGUGAGGAAAUUGACAACUAGGGAACUAAUCGACGAGUGUAAAACGUUCUUCUUUGGAGGGCAUGAGACAGUUGCAUUAGCAAUGACGUGGACAUUGAUGCUAUUAGCAAUGUAUCCAAAAUGGCAAGAUGAAUUAAGAGAGGAAAUCAAAGAAGUGAUUGGAGAGAAUGAUAACAUUGACUUCACCAUGCUUGCUGGACUCAAGAAGAUGGGAUGGGUGUUUAAUGAAGUAUUACGAUUAUACCCCUCGUCACCAAAUGCACAAAGACAAGCAAGAAGUGACAUUCAAGUAGGCAAUGUAGUAAUCCCUAAUGGCACCAACAUAUGGAUUGACGUCGUUGGAAUGCACCACGACCGAGCUCUUUGGGGAGACGAUGUUAACGAGUUUAAACCGGAGAGAUUUGAUGGAGACUCGUUGUAUGGCGGAUGCAAGCACAAGAUGGGUUACAUGCCCUUUGGAUUUGGAGGAAGGAUGUGCAUUGGCAAGAACUAUGCACUUAUGGAGUACAAGAUCGUUAUGUCCUUGAUUCUUCGUCGAUUUUCCUUUACAGUUGCACCAUCAUAUCAUCAUAGCCCUACUUAUUUUUUCUCGUUUAGACCUAGUUCUGGGGUGCCUCUUAUUGUAAAACCUCUAUAAUUAUGUAUUCAACUUCAAUAGAAAUAGCUCACAUAAGAAAGUGUUGUACAACAUAUAUAUAAUGCAAAAAAUUAUAAUAGGAAUAUAAUUAGCAAAUCUGGGAAAUCUAGUUAAGUUUAGAGAAUUGAGUAGUCUCAGGUGCUUGUACACUCGAUCAAUACAUUGCCAAUGAAGUGCUCAAUUUAUAUAUGGUCAUUUAGAGCUUAGAUUUGCCCAAAAAAUUUCACACUAGCCCAAACAUAUUGCAUGCAACAAACUUACUACGAGUAAUUCUCAGGAAUUGUUGUCUUAAUUUCUUAUGUAGCGAUGAUCGAUAACAUCCUAUCGAUAACAUCAUAUAUAUCGUCAAUGAGUAUGACAUGGGAGUUCACAAGUCCCGUUAAGGUUACGGAUUCAUACCUUAAUUUUUUACCAAACAGGAGACAAAUUGUUGUCUCUGUUAGCGUGCUAACCGAUUUCAUACUCUUGAAUAAGGGUUUCCUUGACAUCGUAGAAAAAGUGUGCCAUAUAGCCCACAUAUCACAGGAACAUUUGCUCUACGUUGUAUAAAUACCAUGUGCAAAUGAAAUUUAAAUUC